AUGUUUCCGACGUUACAAGUGUCACUGACCGGUUUAGAUCCAUCGCUAAAAUACUCGUUAAUGGUCGACCUGACUUGCAUUGAUAAUAAACGAUAUCGUUAUGCAUUUCAUCAGUCAAAAUGGAUUGUUGCUGGUCCAGGUGAAGCUGAAUUACCAUGCCGUGUUCAUGUUCAUUGUGAAUCUCCAACAACCGGAGCUCACUGGAUGCGGCAAACAGUAAUUUUUGACAAGAUCAAGCUAACGAAUAAUCAGAUGGAUCAAAAUGGACACAUAAUUGUUAAUUCAAUGCAUCGAUAUCAGCCAAAUUUACAUAUUGUUGUUCAUGCUGAAGGUCCCGGUUUAACCUGCCGAAGUUUUACAUUUCCAAAUACGGCAUUUAUGGCUGUAACAGCUUAUCAAAAUCAUCGAAUCACUGAAUUAAAGAUUGAAAGCAAUCCAUUUGCUAAGGGUUUUCGUGAGUGUGAAAUGGCCGAUACCAUCCCGAUGCUUCUCAAUCCACUGUUUCCAUUUUAUACCACUUAUUUCAAUUCGCAAUUUUCAACUGCAAACUCGUUUACCUAA